AUGUGUGACAAACCAGAUCUGUCUGAAGUCAUAAAGUCUGAUAAGAAGAAAUGAAAGAAAACUAAUAUGGAAGAGAAGAUCCCUUCCAAGGAGACCAUCAGACAGGAGAAAGAGGAUAUGAAGGCCUCCUAG